CUGCAAAACCCCUCCUUUUCCUCCUCCUCGCGACGACGCCUCCCUCGUACGCCGGCGCUCUCGCAGUUGCCGCCGCCGCCGCCGCGAACGCCCACCGCCCGCGCUCUGGUCGGUGGAUCGUGACGUGCUGUGGUGGUCUCUGAUCUGCUCUGGGGGUGGGUGGGCGUCUCGCGGAGUCGCCGUGUUCGUCGAGGGCUCGAUCGGCUCGGGGAGAGCGAGUGAGAAGAGGUGAGGGUUGGGGGGAGGCACAUCCGCGGCGGCGGAGAGAUGGCGGAUUUCCGGACCUCCACGCAUCGGGAGAGGUGGAUCUUCCAGACGAACGAUCUGAUGGAUAGAUGGGGGGCGGCGAACCAGCGGGCCACGGAGACGCUCGUUCAGUAUGGAACGACGCGGUUGAAGGUGGACCCUGUUGAUGGGUCGCUGUCGUACCCGGAACCUGCGCCUGAUCAUGUUGUAGGGAGCUCAGGUGUAAAGCCUCUGUCUUGUGAAGAGGAGCGAUUGAUGCGGGUAUUUUAUGAGCAAAAGAUUCAAGAAGUAUGUUCAGCAUUUAAGUUCCCUCACAAAAUCCAGGCUACCGCAAUAAUAUAUUUCAAGAGAUUUUAUCUGCAAUGGUCUGUAAUGGAACAUCACCCAAAGCAUAUUAUGUUAACUUGUAUUUAUUCUUCUUGCAAAGUGGAAGAAAAUCAUGUUUCUGCUGAGGAACUUGGUAAAGGAAUUCAACAGGACCACCAGAUUAUUCUAAAUAACGAGAUGAUUGUUCUCAAAUCUUUAGAUUUUGAUCUGAUUGUUUAUGCUCCGUAUCGAUCUAUCGAAGGAUUUGUUGAUGACAUGGAGGAUUUCUGCAGAGCAGGUAAUGGUGAGCACCAACGGUUGCAGGAUUUACGUCAAACUGCGAUAUCUCAGGUUGACAAAAUGAUGUUGACUGACGCUCCUCUUCUCUACACUCCUGGACAGGCAUUAUAUUCCAAUUUUUACAGUUGGCUCUGGCUGCUUUGCACAAAUCCAAUGAUAUGCACAAGAUCCUUAAUUUUGAAAGGUACUUGGAAAGUGUUUUUUCAAGGCAACAUUCUGAUUGUCCAAUCGAACAAUUUGUUGGGUCAAUCAAUAUGAUCAAUUAUUUGGUUGAGCAGCUUAAAAUACCUACUCCUAAGGACAUGAGGCAUAUUGACCGCAAGCUUAAGCAUUGUUUGGAUCCAAGCUCACAGGAUGAGCAUAAGAAGAAAGAGAAGAAGUCGAAGCACAAAUCAAAAAGGGCAGCUAAUGAAGCCCAACUUGACAGCUAGAAAACAUACGGUUGGGCUGCACCGUGUAAGAAUCAGUUCUUUAGUUUGUUGUGGCUCCAAUUGAUCAAAAGAGCUACUUUCCUGAGCAGGUGAGGUUCCGUUUUAGCCGAGGACAACCAAUUUUGAGAUGAAGCGAGAUAAUACCCAUGACCUCGCCUUCUUGUAAUCUUGUGUGCCUGGAAGCCCUAGCAAACUCCUCGUUGCAAUGGCUACUGUACUUUUUUUGGGGGGUAAUUUAUCCCUUGUCAAAUGGGAAGAAGCAGCAUACAUCGGAUGAUUGCCUCCAUAUACGAAAAUGACAGCUAACUCAGACUUUUUUCGGUUGCAUUUUUCUGUUUACAAUUCUCACUAUUAUUAACGUAUCUGAUUGACUUGCUACAAAGGGCCUAGGUUCCAAAUUGACAAUUUUGCAAGUUUUCAGCCAUAGCAGAGGGUUUACAGCUCCAAGCUAUAAAGGUUGAAGAAAAGGUAAAUUAAUUCAACAGAGAACAUCAGCUGACGAGCACGAUUGUACAGCUCAUCCUAUGUCUGCAAUUUUUGCUCUCAUCGGUUACUAAACCGAGUAUGAGAGCAUUUGUCAUUUGUUUUGUUCCAUGUGUUUACAGUUGACACAAAUAGAAGUCGUCCUUGCUCAGACAAGGUUGUACGUAAGUGCAAUAUAAUAUAAAGUACUCCAUCCGUCUCAAAA